AUGCCUCUGAUUGUGGCCCACGAGUUCUUUGACGCAUUGCCCAUCCACACGUUCCAGUCGGUCGUCGUGCCGCCGGCGCCCAGCGAGGAGAACCCGUCGCAGCCAUCGCAGCCGUCGCCCUCCGUCACGGUCCGCACGGGACAUCUCUCGCAGAGUGCCAAGUCCGCCUCGCCCCUGCAGUGGCGCGAAAUGGUCGUCACGCCCACGCCGCCGGGCUCGACCCACGAGAGCCUGGGCACGCCGCGAUCGCAGCGCCCGCAGCACGCCGAGGCCAGCAACGACACCAGCCCCGUCCCGGACUUUCAGCUGACGCUGGCACCCGGCGAAACCCGCCACUCCCAUUACCUGCCCGCCAUGUCGCCCCGCUACCGUUCUUUGCUCGAGCGCAUGCCCCAGGGCGGCGCCAUCAUCGAGGUCUGCCCGGACGCGGCGCUGUACGCGGCCGAGUUUGCAGCGCGCAUCGGCGGCACCGCGGCGCACCCCAAAGCGAAACCAGCGGGCGCCGCGCUGAUUCUGGACUACGGCCCGGGCGACGGGUCGAUCCCGGUCAACUCGCUGCGGGGCAUCCGGCAGCACCAGAUGGUGAGUCCGUUUGCGGAGCCGGGCCUGACCGACCUGAGCGCGGACGUCGACUUUGAGGCGAUUGCGGAAGUGGCGACGCAUGCGAGCGAGGGCGUCGAGGUGCACGGGCCGGUGGAGCAGGCGGAUUUCUUGCUGAGCAUGGGCAUCCGGGAGCGGGCACAGGCGCUGGCCAAGACGGCGGGCCUGGGCCAGGACGGCGGCGCGAAUGAGAAAGACGCCAAGGAAGCCAAAGCAGCCAAAACAGCCAAAACAGCGGCCGCCGACAUUGAACGGUCAUGGCAGCGGCUGGUGGAUCGCGGCCCGAACGGCAUGGGCAAGGUGUACAAGGCGCUGGCGAUUCUGCCGGAGAACAGCGGUCGGCGGCGGCCGGUCGGCUUUGGCGGCGAUGUCGUGCAGUAG